UAAGCCCUAAGCCCUAAUAGUGCCACAGUGGACUGAAGCAUUAAAUGACCUUAUUGACACUUACUGUGGUAAUUUUAUAGUUUAUAUAUUGCAACUUAGUCCCUAACAUAUUAAUAUUGUUUUUAAAAUGUAAUAUUUUUAUAGACAAAAUCAAUUAAAUUAAAACAAAUUAAUCAACUCAACAAAUUAAUCAACUCAACAAAUUAAUCAACUCAUCUCCAUCUCCCUCACUUCAUCAUCGUGAACAGAAAUUGAAAAUAAAAAUUCUUCAUCCAUCAUCUCAUCUUGGCAUUUUUUCCCAACUACAAACUCAACGCAACAGUUAUCGUCUCAUCUUGGCAUUUUUUCCAAACACUGCAAACUCAACACAACAGUAAGCGUCCCAUUCACAGGUUUACCAUGAAAAACACCGACCAUUAUGAUUCGUACGACUAUCGAUGCCGUGACAGUGGUACAUCUGAUUCUGAAUCCGACAAUGGUCGGGAUGACAGUAAUUCGGUGUCCAGUGCGUACCAAGGUUCAAGUGAUGGUGAUGGCGAUGGCGAUGGUGAUAGUCACGGUGAAAAAUUUGUUGAAUUUGAUGCAGUUGUAGGUGAUAGAACAGUGAAAAUUAAUGCCCUUACUGCUGAUGAAAUUCGUGCUAUGGAAUUCGGUACAGUUGAUGAAGCUAAUGUGUUUUAUUUCAAGUAUGCUAAAUGUAAAGGGUUUGCCAUUAGGAAAAGUGAUGUUAGGACAAGAUCGACUGAGGAUGGACAAACAAUUAUAAUGAGGCAGUUUGUAUGCAAUAAACACGGUCUAAGAGAUACAAAACACUUAAGGAGGCUUGAUAGAAAAAGAGAACACAGACCUACGACCCGCACUAAUUGUCCCGCUAGGCUUCGUGUGCAUUACAACCCCCAGAAGGAUAGUUAUGUAGUGACAUGUUUUGAAGAGGCUCACAACCAUGAAUUAACACCAUCUAGGUUUGUCCACUUACACCCCAUUUAUCGUGAGAUUACUGCAGCAGAUAGAGCUCAAAUUGACGGUCUACAGUCAAAUGGAAUUAGAACUUGUCAUAUAAUGGGGUACAUGGUUGCUCAGAAGGGUGGACACGAUCGUGUUGGGUUUACAAAGAAGGAUCUGUACAAUUAUUUUGAUAGUAAAAUGCGUGCUAAUAUUAAAGAUGGUGACGUUGCCGCUGCUAUAAAUUAUCUAACUGUGAAGUCAUCUACUGAUCCCAUGUUAUAUGGUAAAUAUGCCGUAGACAUGGAUGGACGAAUGAAGUCUCUUUUUUGGGCUGAUGGAAGCAGUAGAUCUGACUAUUUUUGUUUUGGCGAUGUGAUUGCGUUCGACACGACUUACAAGAAGAACAAAUACAACUACCCAUUGGUUAUAUUUUCAGGGUGUAACCACCACUCUCAGACAGUUAUUUUUGGUGCUGCGUUGGUGUCAGAUGAAACGACAGAGACGUAUAAGUGGUUGUUGGAGUGUUUUUUAGAGUGCAUGGAAAAUAGAUACCCAGCAGCAGUUGUAACAGACGGAGAUGGGGCGAUGAGGGAAUCUAUAAAACAGGUGUUUCCGGAUGCGACACAUCGUUUAUGCGCUUGGCAUUUGAACAAGAAUGCGUCUGAGAAUGUAAAGAACUCGGCAUUUUUGAAAGAUUUUCAAAAAGCCAUGUACUCUAAUUUUACAAAGGAUCAAUUUGAAGAGUUUUGGUCAAAAAUAAUUAAAGAAAACGGACUUGAAGGAAAUCCUUGGGUUGCAAAAACGUACGAGAACAGGUCACUAUGGGCAACUGCAUAUCUACGUGAGAAGUUUUUUGGACGUAUAAGAACUACGUCUCAAUGUGAAGCCGUCAAUGCAGUCAUCAAGAGUUAUGUCAGGAAGAAAGGCUGCAUUUUUGAAUUUAUGCACAAUUUUGAUCAGGCUAUGAGAUCUUAUAGAAACAAUGAACUGAUUGCCGAUUAUAAAUCAAAGUUUUCAGAACCUGUGAUGACUACUCAACUGCGUGCCCUUGAGAGCCAUGCUGCGAAUGUUUAUACUAUGGAGAUUUUCAAGGAAGUCAGAGAUGAAAUAGUGAAGGCUGGAUCAUUGAUUGUUAAGGAAAAGUUAAUUCGCAACGGAUUUAAGACUUAUCGAUUUACAAAAUAUUGUUGUGAUAACUAUGACGUAGAGGUUGUGUAUGAUGGUGAAACACUUCAAUGUGAGUGUAGGUUAUGGGAUUCUCAUGGGAUUCCAUGUUCUCAUAUGUUUGGUGUCAUGAAGGAAGAACAUGUUAGUCUCAUUCCCACCGGUUUGAUUUUGUCGAGAUGGACGAAGGAUGCAAAAAUUUAG